AUGGAGACCAUUCCCCGCUGCCAGCGAACGUAUUUGAUCGGCAACCGUUUCACUAACAAGCUGUUCCCGGGCCUGGUCCCGCACAUACAGUACCACCUCUGUCGCUCCAACGCAAACAUGCUACUGAAGAUCGAGAACGAGCUUCUGCAGAGCCACCGCCAGAGAGAGACGACCGGCAUCAAGAAGCUGUACAACUCGUUCUUCGUACUCUUC